AUGACUCGUGAUCACUUUGUCGUACACGGUUUUCAUCAGAAUAAAGAUGUUGAUUUAUUCAAAUCCAAAAGACAAUAUUCUGAUCAAAUAAGGUACUUAAACAAGCGUGUUUUUGUAAAAGUACUCAAAAAUGGAGAAACGUGUGAUAGGACAUGGCUAGUAUAUUCUGAAAGUUUAAGAAAAGUUUUUUGUGGUCCUUGUUUAUUAUUUAAUCAUGGAAAUAACAAUUUACUAGCGUUAACAGGAUAUGAUGACUGGAAAAAUGCAAAUGUACGCCUUAACCAACACGAAAAUUCAAAUAUUCAUAAACAAAGUAUUUUAAUAAUGAAUGAUAGAAGACAUAUUAGUUGCCGUGUAGAUAAACAGAUUGAGUCCCAAAUAAAUGAAGAAAUAAAUUAUUGGCGUAAUAUUUUACAUAGAUUAGUGGUUAUUAUUCAGUCAUUGUCUUCUCGUGGUUUAUCAUUUCGAGGACAUGAUCAAAAUAUAGGGUCAAUUCACAAUGGUAAUUUUUUAAUGGUCGUUAAAGUUUUGGCAAAAUUUGAUCCAUUUAUGUCUCAACACAUUGCAAAAUACGGUAACAAAGGUAGUGGAUCGACUUCAUAUUUAUCUUCUACUAUUUAUGAGGAACUUAUACAACUUAUGGCUAAUAAAGUUACUUCUAAAAUUUAA